CUUUUGAUGCUCCCAAAUGUGUGUGUUAUGAGACCUAUUUUGUAAGGUACCUCGGCUCAGCGUUUGUUUGCCGACCGGGAGGCUUACACAAGCUGCGCACAGGCAACGAAGUGAGGACACAACAGGCUCACUUUAGCUCAUUUUGAAAGGAACACCGCUGUCUGCUAGUGACUUUGCACUAGCUGACACAGAAUGUUCCCUGCCGGCAGAUACUCAUGUCAAGCCCACAGGUGUAUUAGGGCCUUGAAGACGAUACCGACGGACCAUGCUGCCCCUCAGCUGUACACAACACUACACAGGAGGACAUGCUCUUCAGUGUCAACACCCCGCAUCACUACACACUACACCAUCCAUCCUCGAGACAAAGACUCAAGAUGGGAAGGUGUUGAAAUGGAGAGGUUUGCCGACGAAGCAGAUGUGGUGAUAGUAGGUGGAGGCCCAGCUGGUCUGUCGGCAGCCAUUCGUCUGAAGCAGCUGGCCAACGAACACGAGAAGGAGUUGAGAGUGUGCCUUGUGGAGAAGGCCUCCCAGAUCGGAGCACACACUUUGUCAGGAGCCUGUCUGGAGCCCAGUGCCAUCACCGAGCUCUUUCCUGAUUGGAAGGAACGAGGGGCGCCUCUGCACACUCCAGUGACUGAAGAUGUAUUCAGUAUUUUAACAGAGAAACACAGAAUUCCUGUCCCCAUGUUGCCAGGUCUGCCCAUGCAGAACCACGGGAACUACAUUGUGAGGCUGGGGAACUUUGUGCGCUGGCUGGGUGAGCAGGCAGAGGAGCUUGGAGUGGAGCUGUAUCCUGGUUAUGCUGCAGCUGAGGUUUUAUUUCAUGAAGAUGGAAGUGUAAAAGGAAUCGCCACCAAUGACGUAGGCAUCGCCAAGGAUGGCUCACCAAAGGAUGUUUUUGAGAGGGGAAUGGAACUCCAUGCUAAAGUCACGCUGUUCGGAGAGGGCUGUCACGGACACUUGGCCAAGCAGCUUUACAAGAAAUUUAACCUGCGUGAGAAUUGCCAACCACAGACCUACGCCAUUGGUCUGAAAGAGGUAUGGAUGAUUGACGAGAAGAAGUGGAGGCCGGGCAGAGUGGAGCAUUCUGUGGGCUGGCCGCUGAACAGACACACAUAUGGAGGAUCUUUCCUCUAUCACCUGAAUGAAGGAGAGCCUCUAGUGGCCUUGGGCUUUGUGGUUGGUCUAGACUACUCCAACCCUUACUUGAGCCCCUUCAGAGAGUUCCAGCGUUGGAAACACCACCCAUUUGUAGCUCCCACAUUAGAGGGAGGCAACAGAAUUGCUUAUGGAGCCCGGGCCCUGAAUGAGGGAGGAAUACAGUCUCUUCCAGAACUGACUUUCCCUGGAGGGCUGCUGAUUGGUUGCAGCCCUGGUUUCAUGAAUGUCCCGAAGAUCAAAGGCACCCACACGGCUAUGAAGAGCGGCAUGUUGGCUGCUGAGGCCAUUUUCCCCAAAGUCACAGCAGAGAGCCUGGAUUCAGAGACUGCAGGACUCCAUGUACCCGAGUAUGCCGAGGCAUUAAAGAAUUCAUGGGUGUGGAAGGAGCUGUACGCAGUGAGGAACAUCAGGCCGUCCUUCCACAAUUACUUUGGCCUGUAUGGUGGCAUGGUCUACACUGGGAUCUUCUACUGGAUUUUAAGAGGAAAAGAGCCUUGGACGCUCAAACACUGUGGCCUGGACGCAAACCAGCUGAAACCAGCCAAAGAUUGUACACCAAUUGAGUAUCCCAAGCCCGACGGCAAGAUAAGCUUCGACCUGCUCUCCUCUGUGGCUCUGAGUGGCACCAAUCACGAGGGAGACCAGCCGGCCCAUCUGACCUUAAAAGAUGACAGCAUCCCGGUGGACAGAAACUUGGCCAUUUACGACGGGCCUGAGCAACGCUUCUGCCCUGCAGGUGUGUACGAGUACGUUCCCUUAGAAACUGGAGACGGGAUGAGAUUGCAGAUAAACGCUCAGAACUGUGUCCACUGUAAAACCUGUGACAUCAAGGACCCAAGCCAAAACAUCAACUGGGUUGUGCCGGAGGGCGGCGGAGGACCAGCCUACAACGGCAUGUAAAUGUCUUGGGGGGUUUUUUGUUGUUUUUUUUUACCUUUUGCCUUGAAAGAUAAUUAAUGUAUGUCACAUUCAGGGUUACAGUAGUUGCCAGUGUAUGGCAAAUGUGCCUAAGUGUCAGACUUAAAAUACACUGUAGCUGUUUUAGGGUACAAGAACAAUAAUUAAAAAUACAACUUGUGAUACAUAAUUCUCAUACGAUACAGUGGGGGGGGGUUAAGUCUAGGACUUGUGAAACCCAUGCAAAACACAGGACCAUGUUGGACUCAAGACAUCACUGCGAUAGGAGCAUUUAAAAUACUUUCAUGUUCUAAUGUUUGAGAAAUAUUUGGCCAAGUUUGUGAAUAUAUUUGCUUCAUAUCUAAUUGAAAAAGUUCUUAAAUUAAGGUUCACUUCAGCGUAACUGGCGGCAUAUUAUGAUGGCUUUUAUUCCAGACAGUAUUGUAUAUAUAAUAUAAAUAUAUAUAUAUGAUAAUGCCACGGUCAUAAAUAAACGACACUUGACGGUUA